AUGGGAGUCGCAGUGGAAGUGUGGCGGGCACGAAUCGGCAACUUUAACCAUGGACCUUCUUCGGUUUCGUCCAAUGCACAUCUCUUUGCUGGUCUCACUGACUGUGGAGCCACUCUCUCUAUGUGUUUAGCUCUUGUGAACAUUCUGUUGUUGAUUGGGUGUGUUGAAGCCAAUCCUGGCCCAAUUGAAGCUAAGUGCACUAAGUGUGAAGAAGUUUUUCAUUCUGUUGUGACCUAUGCUGAACAUCAAGCAGUGCAUUCCCUUGACAACAACAGCAAGUCGUUUCCUUGCUACAAAUGUGGAGAACCAUUUUGGACAGUUAAAGCUUUUAGUGUGCACUUUUCACGAAAGCACUCAGAACGGCUCUCAGCGCAGCCCUCAGCACAGCCCUCAGCACAGCCCUCGGAAGCAUCAACAUCAAAGGAGAGAGACCCUGAUCACUUUGCUGAUGUACUCGGUGUUACAUAUCGGUGUUCAGAAGUAACUUGUCAAGAAACCUUUCGAACUAAAGAGCUCCUUCGCAAGCAUGUACUUCAACAUCUCAGGAAAGGAUAUGUUGUCAUCUGUCCCAUUCGUCCGUGUCCAGAGAAAUUCACCAAGGUUUCUACCUUCCAAAGUCAUUUUACUAGGUUUCAUGUCAAGAAAGUUGAUGAUCAAGCACAGCAAGUGGCAGCAGAUGAAUCUGGCAUUACGGCGGAGGAAGAGGAAGAAGAUGAGGAUGAGGACUUCGAUUCAGAUCAAGAAGAUGAUGAGCAUAACGAAGACACCAGUAAUGAUGACUUUGAAAAUUUGAGGCACGACCCAGAGAAAGAUAAUGUGUACCCGGAUAGUAGAGUGAGGGAUCUGAUAGUGAAGUUUUACCUAUGGCUUGAGGGAGUGUUGCUAAUACCAGCUACAAAAGUCCAAUCCAUUUCAGAAAAAAUUGCUCUAAUGUGUGAAAUAUCUCAUCAUCGUAUGAGACUUGCCCUCCACGCAGAGCUGUCAAAAGCUGGUCUUGAUCAGGCAAAAUGUGAACAAGUAACUGCUGCUGUUUUGAAGAAGGAUUUAUUGUAUGCCACUCACCAUAAGGGUAAAGAUGUUGUUGACAUCACAACAGAACACAUGCGUAAAAAAUUUUACAAGCAGAAGUGUGCUAUGUUGGACCCUGAACAAAUCUGCUUGGGUCCUAAUGAUACUGGAAAGAGGAGGUUUGCUCACUUUAUUUCUAUUAAACAAACUCUGAACAUAAUGUUUACAGAUCCCUCCAUCCGAAAGCUUGUCCAAGAUUCAUUUAAACGUCCUGCAACUAAAGGUAUUUAUCAGGACUUUACUGAUGGGUCGACUUUCACAAAACAUCCAGUCUGUGGGCUUAUGGACAGCAUUCAAUUGAUAUUUUUUCAGGAUGCAUUUGAGUUUUAUCCAUUAAGUCCUAUAGCAGGGUCAUACAAGUGUGUUGGAUUUUAUUUUGUACUAGGAAACAUGCAUGCAAACAGUAGAUCCAAAGUUGAUGCUGUUCAGCUUGCGUUCCUUGUAAAGGAAAAGGAUCUUAAAUUUUUCACACCUGAAGUUGUUUUGGAAAAACUAAUUAAUGAGCUGAAGGACCUUGCAGAAAACGGAAUUGAAUUUGAUGGCAAAAAGGUACCUGUAGUUGUAACUCACAUGUGUGGGGAUAACCUUGGCCAGCAUUUCAUCGGUGGAUUUCUUGAAAACUUCCGAGCUCAUUAUGCAUGCCGUUUCUGUCAAGCCAAGAAAGAAGAAAUCCUGAAGAACCCCAGCUUCACCAUGCCCUUCCGUAAACCUGAAGAAUAUGAUAAAAUUGUAGGCAACCUUAACCCUGAGGAUCCUGAUGAUCACGAGAAAGGUAUCAAGAAACCCAGUGUACUGAACAACAUCCCUUUCUUUCACGUCUGCACCCCGUCCCUCCCCCCUUGUGCUGCCCAUGACAUCCUGGAGGGCACAGCAAAAAAAGACUAUGCUUUAUUUCUUCGGUACUUUGUUGAAGUCAAGAAAUGGAUUUCAAUAUCAACUCUCAAUAGAAGAAUUUCGAACUUCAAGUGCCUUGGCAGGGACUCAGCUGACUCCCUUCUUCAAUUAGAUCCUCUUCUAAAGAAAAUUAGAGGUCAUGCAUCUGAGGUAUGGCUCUUUGUAAGACUAUUUCCAUUUCUGCUGGGUGACAAAGUGCAAGAUUUAGAAGACCCAGUAUGGAAAUUAUGUCUUUUGUUGAAGUCUGUGUGUGAGUAUGUAUUUGCUCCUACAAUAUCAGAGAUCCAACUGGUCAAGUUAAAAGGUUUGAUAUUUCAAUAUGUUGAGACAAGGGCCAAACUUUUCAAUGCCGAUAUGCAACCAAAGCAUCACUAUAUGUGCCACUACGCCGAACUUACAACAUUUUUUGGUCCCUUGAUAAGACUUUGGACGAUGAGGUUUGAAGCUAGACACGUAUUUUUCAAAAAUGCUGCCCAAGCUUCCAACAACUUUAAGAACAUAACUGCAACCUUGGUCUCAAAAUAUGUUCUGAACUUUGCUUACAAGUUUACAGGCAACAUGUGCACAUCAAUUUCUUUUCGCCCUCAAGAUGAAAGUAAUCUUACUCAGGACCUUUUACCAGAAAUUGUUGACCUAAUUCCAGACCCAUCGGAACAGAGAACUCUGAAGUCUGUAGAUAUUUAUGGUAUCAAAUAUGAGCCUGGACUCUGGCUCAUUUUAGGAAGUACCAACAAAGAUCUAAAAGUGGGUGAAAUCCUUCUAGUCUUAUACAAUGGGAAAGAAGUAAACUUCAUUGUAAAGAUUCACAAGGCCAUCAAUUCCAACCAGGGCUUUUAUGCUAUACAGCCUGAAGCUUCUGUAUUGGGCUUAACUCAACUAAAGGACCUUGUUGAUUACUAUCCCCUUCCAGCCUACAUCUUUCAGUCGAAGCUUUGUCUCACACUAAAGCACACCAACCCAUCAAUGGACUCAAUAUGA